AAUUACUGCUCCAAAUUCCUUAUUUAAUAUAGUGCCAAUGUUCUGUGGUAAAUAUGAACAGUUUGCCGAGACUUUCGAACAACAAAUGUCGUGCUACAAGACCAAUUUCCUUAGGACCGAAAGAUAAUCUAGUAUAUGCGGGAAAAAGUGCUUUUGUGGAAGGCAAAAAAACGGCAACAAGCUUAGAUGGCACGCAAUUUGAACUCCAUGGAAACAAUUUUAAAGAUGAACAGAAAACAGACGAAUAUCAUCGGCCAAAAUUCUUUGUGUCCGCUAAGAAUGAUCCAAGGCACCAAAAUAAAGUAUCACAAAUCGUUGAAGCCGUGUCUAAUGACUCUAGAAAUGAUAAAGAAAGCCAGGUAUUUGGUCAAUGCAUACUUCCUCACACUGAUAUUAGUGAUUGCUUCCAUGUCAAAAUGUCAAAUGAAGUCAGUUUCGUGAGUUUACAACUGUCGAAAGUUCUUCGUGAGAAAGAUCGCGAAAUCGUGCGAUUACGUGAGAGUAUUCGCAAAGCUUUGCUUGAUCGAGAAAAUGCGACUGGUGCCAGCACGCGGACACGCAUGCGCGUUGCGGAACUUAAAACUAAACUAUCCAAUCAGAAGAGGCGCAUGGAACACGCAACAAAAGUAGAACGGUUAAGGUGUAAGGAGAAGGUUACCAAUGAAACUGAACGAUUACGUCACGAGCGUGAUGAAGCUCGCGAGCAACUUGAACAGCGUGAUAAGAUGGUAUGGCACUUGAGGAAACAAGUUGAGCAACUGGGUUACCUGAGCAACCAAAGAUACAAAACGAUUCAAGAACUAAACAAAAAAAUGGCGGUAAAGGAAAAGAAUAUACAAGAAAUGAGAAGAAGAAUGGAGCAAGCGCAACUCAUAACAAUUCCUGGAACUAGUUCAGCAGAAAGGGAAAGACGCAACAGCACAAGCAGUGCGGACGGCAAAUCAAUAAAAUGGGACGAGUCUGGUCGCUUAGCAACAGUUAUUGAAUAAGUUAUCAUCCGAUUUUGUCUUUAAAUGUAAUUGUGUAAUGAAUCUGCAUCAGUAGUGCAGCCAGAAUAAGUCAGAAAUAUCACCGAUUCCAAUUCAACAUACUUUAAUUAUUGCUCAUUCUUUUGGUAAUACAGGCCCGUAACUAGUGGUGGUAAAGUGGUUGCAGGUGCACCUACCCACCUCCUGCCCAUACAUCUAUGACGUCUUAUUAUUAUAUAAAAAAAAUACUAAACAAUAACUGAAAUUGUCUGUUAAAAUUUAAAAAUAAGAAAGGUGCCUAUGCAAUUAA